CCUCCCCGCCGCUCGCCGGUGAGUAUAAGCGCACUCUCAUGUCACCAGUCUUGUCGAGCCAGUUUCAGCAGGUUUUUGGCUAUAAGCCUCCACCUUGCCACCGAGGUAUGUACUCGUCCAUGUGUUCACUUGGUCAGGGCGGGUCAACAAUGACCGGGCGAGGACGUCUGAACGAGUGUCGAACUCUCCGAUGCUUGGACACACGUUUGGCUUGGAUGAUUUCUACGAUUGGACCCCGACCGGAGUGACGAACUUCAUCAUGCUCGCAGGUUCCUCGACCGAAAUCACUGAGUUCGACGGCUGGAUGAUGCGCAACUGGUGGUAUGAACUCUCCCGCAACAGAGGUUGGCAGUCGAGCAGUCGGUCUUGCAGCAGCAGCCCGUCGACGACUACUUCUCCGGUUCCUGCUGCUACCUCAUCGGCACCUCAUUUCAGCGGUGAAAAAAGCUCUGAAGAUUUGAAUGGAUGUACUGGGGCGUUGUAUCCCGACGUUCCCAUGCCAGGUGAUGUGCCAAGGACGUCGUCGAGACCAGAUUUGCUUUCGGGCAACAACUUGCCGAGACCAAAGUCGCUUAGAUAGCACCAGGCGGGCAUUGGGUCCAUGUCCAGUGCCCACUCCAUAUGGUCGGCGGCCACGUCGCUCUCUUCGUCUAUUUCAAGUAUCAAGGACAUGGUCAGUUCGGCAACCAGUCCAAAGCAGUCGUGUGGCAUCUCAUUAGCGGUAGCUGGCCUAUCCAAAGUCCCCCUCAGUGCU